UAUAUGGGAUGAAUAUAUUUAAUAAAUGAGUUCUACCAUGUAUCAUGUGUCUUAAGUCUAUGUUGGACAUCCAUGAUGUUACUGUUCAUGCAUUGGCCAUACUAUAUAUACCAAAGCUUCAUGCACAACUACAUUCACAUUCACAAUUGGUAUUAAUUAAUUUGCUAUACGAGGACAGAGAAUUAAGUUCUCUUGACAGCAACAUGGCUACUGGUAGUACUACUUUGACGCAAGGAAAGAAGAUAACAGUGUUAAGCAUUGAUGGAGGUGGGAUUAGAGGGAUCAUUCCUGGUAUCAUUCUUGCUUCCCUUGAAUCCAAGCUUCAGGAUCUGGAUGGACCAGAUGCAAGAAUUGCAGAUUAUUUUGAUAUAAUUGCAGGGACAAGUACCGGUGGGCUGAUAACCACCAUGCUUACAGCUCCAAACGAGGAUAAAAAACCUAUGUACCAAGCAAAAGACAUAAAGGACUUUUAUUUGGAAAACUGCCCCAAGAUUUUCCCAAAGGAAAGUCGAGAUAAUUACGAUCCUAUCCAUUCAAUAGGACCCAUUUAUGAUGGAGAAUAUCUGCGAGAAUUGUGUAACAAUUUGCUCAAGGACUUGACCGUAAAAGAUACCUUGACAGAUGUGAUUAUACCUACAUUUGACAUCAAGCUUCUUCUCCCAGUCAUCUUCUCAUCUGAUGAUGCGAAAUGUAAUGCUCUGAAAAAUGCUAGGCUAGCUGAUGUCUGCAUCAGCACCUCUGCAGCUCCAGUUCUCUUACCAGCACAUUCCUUUACCACCGAGGAUGAUAAAAAUAUUCACACUUUUGAACUCAUUGAUGGUGGGGUUGCUGCGACCAAUCCUACACUACUAGCACUAACCCACAUCCGCAACGAGAUCAUAAGGCAAAAUCCUCGGUUCAUUGGUGCAAACUUGACGGAGAGCAAGAGCAGGCUAGUGCUAUCACUGGGAACUGGCAAAUCCGAGUACAAAGAAAAAUACAAUGCAGACAUGACAUCUAAAUGGCGUUUGUAUAAUUGGGCCCUUUACAACGGCAAUUCACCAGCGGUUGACAUAUUUAGUAAUGCUAGCGCAGAUAUGGUUGACUUCCAUCUCUCUGCCCUUUUUAAGUCCUUGGAUUGUGAGGAUUAUUACCUGCGCAUUCAGGAUGAUACGCUGACGGGUGAAGAAUCAUCAGGUCAUAUAGCAACCGAGGAGAAUUUGCAAAGGCUUGUGGAAAUUGGAACUGAGCUCCUGGAGAAGCAGGAGUCAAGGAUUAAUUUGGAUACUGGCAGGCUUGAAAGCAUUCCAGGGGCCCCUACUAAUGAAGCAGCUAUAGCUAAAUUUGCAAAGCUGCUUUCAGAGGAACGAAAGCUCCGUCAACUCAAAUGAGGCAAAUUCUUGCCAACAAUUCAUGAACUUAAACACAAUAUGCAUAAUAAAUACUAUAAAAUAAAUUUGCAUCUUAAUUUCAUUAUGAAUCGAACUUAAGUGAGCUUGUUCCCUUAAAAUAAUAAGUUUUGUGAGCUUUGUGACACUUUAUUGUAAAAUAUUAAUAAUGUCAAUGUGGCCUUAAAAGGUCAAUUUAGCUUCCAAA